AACGCUGUAAAUUUGCUCCGUGCUCAUUCUCUAGCUUUCCUGGGUUUUAAAACCUAACGGUCUUAGGUCUCCUGCCUGACAACUCACUUGUCGUGUCUCUUCUUGCACGCGCUCGCAUGUUCUUGUUGCUUCCAUUCUCUCGCUGUCUUGCUGCUUGAUUAUCAUGAUACCUGCGCACCGUUACCCUGUUUCGUACAGCUGCAAGCCAGUAGCAGCUGAAGAUGGCUAGCUAGUUGGGCCAAAAAUUGUUCAGAGUUAUCAGGACCUUGCUUGCGACGCGUGCCCCUUCGUCAGAUGAGUCGUAGCGUGACGUACUUAUCGCGAGGAUGGUGGCAUGGUAUUCUUAUCGCAAUUGAGUCACCUUGAACAAUAUAAUACUUGUGCCCCUUUCAAGCUUCUAUUUACCCAACCACAUAGCCCCAGCCCCACAAGGGCCUCAUGGCUAUCUUACAGUGCAAUCAAUGUGACCGUUCAUUCCGUUCCACUCAGGCUUUAUUUGCCCACUGUCGCGACAAAGAUGACCACCCAUUUUGUGAGGAUUGCGACAGAUUAUUCUCGACUUUCACUGGACUGGAUCAGCACAUGCAAAACGCUGCGGUGCACCGCAGCGACAGUGACUCGGAUGAGAAUGCGUCCGAGAGCGAUGACGACGACGACGACGAAGAACCACUUUGCGUCGGAUGCAAUAGGUGGUUUGUUGACUUGGCAAGCCUUUAUCAACACCUUGCUGCCAGCCCAAAGCACAAUUGGUGCUUCAUAUGCUCGCGCGAUUUCGCCACCCCAACUUCGUUGGACCAGCACUCAUCCUCCCCUGUGCAUAGGGGUCUGGAUUUCGAGUGUCCUCUCUGCCCGAAGAAGUUCAAGACCGCCUCUUCUAUUGCCCUUCAUAUUGAGUCGGGAACGUGUCACAAUAUCUCACGAGCCCAAGUGACCGCGGCAGUCCACGCACUCAAGAUAGUACCUACGAUUUCGAUCUCUCGCCGCAUAGAAGGUGGGGCGCCACGCGUCGUGUCUUACUAUGUAACAGAACGCGCAUUCAACGGCGUUGCCUACGAGUGCUAUCUUUGCCACCGUACUUUCCGUACCUUGGGAGCUCUGAACUCCCACAUCAACUCUCCUGCGCAUGACGCGGAUGAGUUCAAGUGCCCAAAGUGCAAGAGGAAGUACAAGUUGGUUUCAGGCUUGAUGCAGCACAUUGAAAGCGAAGCGUGUGGGAUCGCCAGGUUCCAAGCGGUGGAGGACUUCACGAAGAGCUUGGUUGACCAGUUUUUGAAGCGCUUGAAACUCUAACUUCGAUUGGGAAGGAUUUUGGCCGGGUUUCAAUUGAUGUCGCUGCGGAACAUGUACUAUAAGUGUAACAUACAUGGUGUAUUUUCACGAGCAAGUGAAUCAGAAUCGGUUUGUUUCUUUGUCUCAC